AUGGUGGCCUCAUCCAGUCAGCUUCCAAUGCUGCGAGAGAUCACGAUGGAAUCCCUUCCUGCUGAGCCGACCUCCGAAAAUGGAGAUAUUCCCACAAACAAGAUCCGGUUCGACGACGAUAUCGCAACGUGGAAGAACACGCGAGGCUUUCAGGACUACACCUUGUUUCUGCGGAGAUUGGACCAGUCUGUGACCGGUGUUCUGCUUCCUUGGGAUGGCGGUGAACCGAGCGAGGCAAUCAGCGCUCUGGUUCGAUUGCUUGAUGAACUGAAUGGCUGGAUCGAUGAUAUUCCACCGCAGCCAACACCACAGCGUUUUGGCAACUUAGCGUUCAGAGCGUGGGGCAAGCGACUAGAAGAGCGUGCACCGGCAUUGUUGGAAACUCUGCUUCCUACAUCUCAUCGCCGUCUCAUUCCCUUGCUAAAGCCAUAUCUGAUCACGGCCUUUGGUUCAUUCGUCCGCAUGGACUAUGGCACAGGCCACGAAACGUCAUUCGCCUUGCUACUUUUGUGUCUCACACUCGUACGCUUCCUGCGCCCCGAACGCGAUGAAGAACGUCACAUCGUGUUCACUGUCUUCGCGCGCUAUCUGACCCUGUGCUGGCGUCUACAAGACGUCUACAAGCUUGAGCCGGCCGGCAGUCACGGCGUCUGGGGGCUAGAUGACUCCCAUUUCUUACCUUUCAUAUUUGGCAGCGCUCAGCUCAAAGGUGGGGAUAUCCCCGUGAAUGCGGUCCUCCGGCCGCCAUUGCCCGCGUCCAAUCUUUACUUCAUGUCGAUCAUGCGCAUCCACCAAGUCAAGACGGGCCCCUUUCAUGAGCAUAGCUCGCAGCUUCACGCGAUUGCGACAAGUGUUCCUCACUGGGGCAAGGUCAAUCAGGGCCUGUUGAAGAUGUACGACGCAGAGGUGCUCGGAAAGCGGGUUGUUGUGCAGCACAUUCCGCUCGGCGGUUUGCUUGAGUGGGGCGAACCCGGUUCGGAGCAAGACUCGAAGGUGCAACCACAUGGCCAAAGGGACGUACAGCCAAACGUUACUGCGCCUUCAUGGAACCAAGCUGGUGCAACCGCAGCUCCUUGGGCAGCCAAGUCUAUACCGCCUAUAUCGCGAGCAGCCUAUGCGCCAUCUGCCGCUUGGUCACAGACGAGCACUACUACAUUUCGGCCCAUCCCUGUCACUACGGCGGCACCAAGGAAGACCGCUACGUCUGAUACAGCAUCGUCUGUUCGUGGGCUCGACAGCGGAUAG